AUGUCUGGACUUUAUAAAAAAGAGACGAUUACAAAUUCUCAACCUAGCAGACGUAAAACAGUUGAUAUAUGCGAUUUAAUCAUUGACUAUGUGACCCAAUUUCCACUAGCUAAAGAUAUUAAAUCACGAAUUAACUUAGAUGAUAUCCAACUAACUGACAUCGACUUUACACGUUUACAAAUUAUUCAUAAAGAAACGGAAUACUUGACUUCAUCAAAUUUAACAAAUGGAGAUUUAGAACAGAAUUCGACAGUAGCACUAUCACAACCACCGUUGACCACGACAACAACAGUCUUGGCGCCAACUGUAAAAAAGAAUCUCAAAAGUCAUGUCCUCUUUUCAUCUGUAUUUACAAAUAAUACAAGUGAGACACAAACGAAUCACUUGAGAACAGAACGUCGUACAAGUUCAUCUUGUCGGUUAAGUUUACAAAAAGCUGUUGUCAAAGGUGGUAAUAUAAAUCUACAAAUUGGACCACCAAGUAUGUCUGUACAAGCUAAUGGUGGUUUUCGACGUGAAGUCACUAUGUCCAAGGAUAUUGAACAGGUAUUUGAAGAAGAACUUAUCUGGACGUUGGAUACAGAAGUGAGUAACGUGUUGGUGCUUUUGGUCUGUUUUUAG